UUCAGUUUGUGAAUUUUUGCGAUCGGGGAAUGUUUCACUCAUGGUUCACGUUAGCGAUAUAUUAUUAACGACAGAUACGAUGCAUGAAAACACUGACCAUUCCAGUCGGAUAGAAUUUCUGGAAAGCAAAUCGAAACCACGUCGCAGAUGCUUAAUUUCAUUUAAGAAGGCCCUCCUCUUCAUCGUCUGCUCAACUGUUUCAAUUAUUUUAAUAGUCACAUUCAUGUACUACUUUGGACCAACUAUGUCAUUCAAGGGGAAAAUGUUGCAUGAUUUGGAAGUUUUCUUGAACCACGAUAAGCACAAACCAUUCCGACUCUCAGAUACCGUUCAACCUACCCAUUAUAGGUUACGCAUUUUUCCAAAUCUGGAAACUUUCGCUUUCGACGGAAGAGUUUCCAUAAAAGUAUUUACAAACUCGGAUACCAACGAAAUAGUCUUGCAUUCCGUGGGAUUAAACAUAACUAGUGUUGAAUUACUGAAACCUAUGAAUGGAAGUGAAACAUUGGAACAAUAUAGCGUUCACAAAAAAGCUUAUAUUAAGCUUGUAACUACUUUAACAGAUGAUGACCGCAUGACUUUCAUUUUUGAAGAGAACUUAAUUGCUGGUAAUAGUUACCUUCUCGAUUUGAAGUUUCAUGGAAAAAUUGGAGAUGAUCUGAUUGGGUUUUAUAGAAGCGGUUAUUAUGACUCUCUUGGAAAGAAGAAGUGGAUUGCAACCACUCAUUUUCAACCAAUUUAUGCGAGAAGGACGUUUCCUUGUUUCGAUGAACCCAAGUUCAAAGCUCAAUUUCAAAUUAGUAUAGCCAGGAGAACAAAUACUACAGUUUUAAGCAACAUGCCUUUAAGAGAAACCGAACUACACAAAAAUAUUACUGGAUACGUUUGGGAUCAUUUCAUGACAACUCCUAUAAUGUCCACGUAUUUAGUGGCUUUCACCAUUUCCGACUUUAAAAGUGUUAAUGUUUCUACCAAGAUCACUGGUCCAGUUAUCAGAAUUUGGGCUCCAAAGCAAUCAUUGUAUCAAACUGAUUUCGCUGUAAACUCAACAAAUAUGAUUUUGAACUUCUACGAAUCGUACUUUAAGCAGAAAUAUACUUUACCCAAACUAGAUUUGAUAGCCAUUCCCGAUUUUAGUAAAGGAGCUAUGGAAAAUUGGGGGUUAAUUUCUUUCAGAGAUAGUUCGUUGCUUCUGGAUAAUACAACGGACGGAUUCUUGAGUAGGGAACACGUUUUUAACACGUUGGCGCACGAAAUUGCUCAUCAAUGGUUUGGAAAUUUGGUCACAAUGUCUUGGUGGUCUGAUCUUUGGUUAAAUGAAGGAUUUGCAACUUACAUGGCUUUCAUGGCCGAAGCUCAACUUAAUCCGAGUUGGGAAAGCUUCGAUUCUUUUGGACUAGAAGUUAUGCACCAGGCGUUUACAUUCGAUUCGUACAGAACUUCUCAUAAUCUUCAUGCUUUGAUUGUAAACAACUUGGAGAUUGAGCAAAUCUUUGAUACGUUAACAUAUUACAAAUCGGCGGCAAUUUUAAGAAUGUUGAAUUUUACAAUUGGUCAAGAUAAAUUUGUAAAAGGCGUUAGAAGAUACGUCGAAAAGUGGUCCUUUAAUUCCACUUCAGAAGGAAGUCUUUUCCACUCCUUCGAUGAUUCCAUCAAGGAAAAUAUUACUUUAAAUGCCAUGAUGAGCUCUUGGACACACCAAUGCGGCUUUCCUCUAAUUACAGCAUUAACAAAGAACAGCUCCUUCACAAUAAUCCAAACCAAAUUUCCUGUAAACACAACCUACGGAUAUUGGGUUGUCCCAAUUUCCUACAAAACCAAAAAUAAUCUAUCUUCUACUAUAAUUCUACAUAAUAACACGAGAACUGUAUUUUUGGAUUUAAACCAAAAUUGGUUACUCUUAAAUUUAUAUCAAGCAGGUUAUUAUCGCGUGAACUACAAUCAAGAAAAUUGGGAUUUGUUGAUUAAUCAAUUGGAAAUAGACCCAAGCUUAAUUCCAGCUUCAAAUCAAGCUCAACUAAUAGACGAUGCCUUUGAAUUAGCUAGUUAUGGGUUUAUAAAUUACGAAAUACCUUUUCGUUUAAUCAAGUAUUUAAGUAAUGAGACCAGUCCUAUUCCCUGGAAAGCAGCGCUGAAAAGAUUGAGCGUUAUUGAAUCAAAUUUGUUGGAAACUCCGCAUUACAUCAAAUUUAGAGAAUUCAUGUUGCAAUUCUUGGAACCUCUAAAAGAAGUCAUAGGUCAUGAAGAUGAAACCAUUCUUAGUUCUUUAGUUAUAGAAAAACUUUGUUCUUACAGAUUCAAACCGUGCAUAGACUUUGCUUUAAAUACCUUCACCAAUUGCAAAUUUGAAGAAAUUUCGUAUAGCAUACGACAAACUGUAUACUGUACUGCUGUAGAAAUACGGACUGAACAUGAAUGGGAUUAUCUUUGGAAUCAAACUUUCAACUUGAAUAAUUCGGGAAUUAAAUUGAGGGAAUUGUAUUUAGCUUUAGGUUGUAGUCGAGAUUCGUGGAUUAUAUACAGAUAUUUAAAUUCAACUAUUAAUGGAUCGAUAGCUCCUCAGAAUGUUCUAUAUGUUUGGAGAUCAAUUUCCAAAAAUCCUAUUGGAAGGAUUAUAGGUUUGAAGUUCUUAGAGCAUAAUUGGAGGAAAAUAUACGAUAUUUACAAGGACCAUUUCGAUGUUCUUCUGGGAAUCAUUGAGGAAUUCGUGUAUAAAUUAUCAAAUCAAGAAGAUUUAGAAAAGGUAACUACAUUUUAUGCAUUGCAUAAAAAUGAUCUGAGAAGUGUUUCGGGUUUCAUACUUGGCGCUAUUGAGAAAAUAAGUGCCCACGUUUUUUGGCAAAAAGAAUAUUUAGAAGAAAUAUUACAAUUUAUUAGUUAAAUUAUAUAUGUGAUUCUGUUGGUUAUUUAUAUUGUUGUUUCACAAAAAAUAUAUAGAAAAUACAUAUGACUUAAUUG